CUUCAUCACCAAAUACUACACAAAAGAAGUAUGCAACUCUCGCGCCAAACCCACCUCGGAUCAAUAGAUACGAAGCUACUUACCAUCGUAGACCUUCAAGGCCCACCAGUAUGGCCCUGCACGAUCAUCCAAUCAGAGGAAGCGUACAUCCUCCAUCGACUCCCGGACGAGCUUCUUCUCCUGAUUGUGAAGUUUUCGCUGUAUACCAAUGAUCGCACGACGCGUGAGACGACGCGUGAGACAUGGGCGCUAUUCGAAGAUGUGCGGGCUUGUGACACCAGCUGUAUCAUGGCACUCUCGCAGGUGUGCCAUAGAUUCAAACGCAUCGCCCAGCCGUUAUUGUUCAGCAAUAUCGGCUUCAUGCAUCCCAAUCAAGUGCUGCCGCCUUCAAUACGAGUUCUCAGACUUCAUCGUACGCUAAGUGACAGAGUCGAUCUGCGUCAGCACUGUCGAUACCUAACCAUCAACAUGGGAGACGUCGCGCGUAGAGAAGCGAGGACACUUGGUUACUAUUCAGUGGCAAGGGAUUUUGUGACGUGGUUUGCAAACACCAAAUACCUCUCCAUUCACGACUCGCAAUGUUCUACUCACGGAGCCGCUGAAAGUGACGAAUCCGGGGCCCAUGGCAGCAAUAGCGAGACUUGCGCAUGGGACCUAUAUCGCUAUGCUGUGGACAAGCUAGAAUGUGUCGAAUAUGCUUACAUCGACAGAGCUCACUGUCGUAUCCAAUUGAAUCAGAUGAUUGAAAGCCUCGGAUUUCCCAAGUUGAAGAAGCUGGAACUCAUAAGGGUACAUCUGGACGGACAUGUGGAACUUGAGGCCAAGAAGCACCGCACCGCACCAUUCACGCAUCUUCAUCUCUUCAAUACCGUUCUAACAGCCAGGGCCACAUAUAUCCUGCUACAGUGGCCGAGGGUACUGACUCACUUCGUCUUCGAUGCAUAUCCCUACCAACCUCCAUUUGUAGACUACCCUACGCUUGAAUCGUGGCUGCUUAUCCACGCCGAAACCCUGGUACACAUAAAGAUCAGCUGCCUCCACCCGAAGCGUAGUAAGCGCCUGUUGAACGCUACGCUCUUUCCGCAGCUUGAGCUCUUAUCUUUAUCACGCUGGCAGAUGCAGUCUGGAUUGCGAACUGACCACAGCACCAGUGUGAGGACAGAUCAAGUGAAUCUGCUGGGUUCCAGUCUCAAGAUAUUUUGCUGGGACUUUACGAUUGAGGACUCCGAGCUGAGUCGACUACCUUUUGGCGACGACGAGGCGUCGUGGAUACGCACAUUAUCUGAGAGAGCAUUUGAGCACAAAGCCGCGCUUGAAACCAUCAAGAUACUUUAUUCGCUGGACGAUCACCACAGGACUCGGUCGAAGGGUUAUCCGUGGGAAUGCAUGGAAGACGCACAACGUCAUUUGGUCAAAUUCGGUAUAGAAUUGAUAUAUGAUAAACCGCCAAUGUCAAAGGACGAGUGGACGCGCUACUACGAGACUGGAAUUGCACCGUAUGCAGAUUUCUGGGGCCCCCGGGUUCACUACCAGCCGCCUCGGGAAUCUACGCUGGAGGAAGAUGAAGCGGAGCGACGGCUGGACGCGGAAUAUGAUGAAUUGAUGAGGCAGGGUUUGUACCAUGGAGAGGAUAUUCGGAGGUACCUAGGAGCCUAGGAGAGAUUUUGUCAGGACAAGAUAGACGCAUGAUGAUAGCAUAACAUCUACACUCACAAGAGAUGAUACAUCUAUAGUAUUUGACACCGUUAUUAUGGAGUAAGCAUCUUCUUCUUCUUCUUCUUCUUCUUCUUCAAGCAAAAGUCAGCAUUGGCCUGUAAACGUCAACAUUCAAUUCACCAAAAAUAUCGUCUAGCCUAACGAACGCACAUCCUCGCAGAUAUAUCGGCUUGCACCCCUCACCGCUAGUACAUGGUUCUAAGCCUUACAUAGUCUUCUUGAUGCGCUGGGUAGCAAUGGUCAGGAUUCCUUAGCCGCACAGCGUUUUACUUUUCAUGAAAGCAUAUGGUAGUAAACGUAGCUAGCAAUGCGGGUACAUCAGAACGCUUAUCUCAGAUGUGGCACAGCUUGCUAACAAGGAAUUGG